AUGCAUCGUCUCGACACCAUCCCGGCGGAGAUCCGUCGCAACAUCUACGAGCAGUAUCUAGCGUGUGGAGAGGUCAGCUAUCAUGUAGUGUUCUUGGACGCAGAUUACAACAGAAACAGUCGACCUGACCCUCAGUUCACGGUAGGGGAGGGCUACAACAGAUCGACGUGGGGCGCUGGGAUCUUGGGCGUGUCUCGACUUAUCCGCGAAGAGUUGAUACCUGUCAUAUGCAGCGAGCGACCUCUGGAGCUCGGCCGUGAGCAGGUUCAUAUUGCUGGAAUCGGAGUGAUAGUAGAGUCUCCUCGGCAGAUUCCAAAGCAGGCUCUACCACGGCUGUAUGCCUGCGUCCCCAAAGAUUGGCAGAAGCACAUACAAGGGCUAUCGAUCGUCGAUGAUCGUAUGCUACCCUCUCUGACACCAGAAUUUCACAGCAGUCUGCCACAGCUCCAGUACUUUGAUACAAACAAGACAUUCGAACUUCCAGAUGGCUUCAGAGAACUACCGUCUGCGCUGCUCGAGAACUUCACGGCAUCUGCCUUCAAUGCUGGAGACUAUACCCCUUUGUUGGUGGAUCGUUGUUUGGAUGUGCUCCGGGAGUUCCUGCUUCAGACGCCAAUCUACGCUACAAAGUCCAGGCCGGUGGAAAUCAGAGCGGAUAUCCUGAUCGGAACGUUUCACAUCAGUCGACCCGAGCGAGACGAUGCUGUAGCAAACGAUGCUGGCGAAGGAGACUCUGACAGCGAAGGAGACUCUGACGGCGAAGUAGGUCGGAUGGCGGCGAUGCCUUUGACGGCUCAGGGAAACUUGGACGACGAAGAACAUUCCGCAACUGAGCCAGAGAACCCAUACGGCUGGCCAUACCCACUGGCUGAUCCCGGCGACGAACACUUGGGCAAUAUCUUGCGUUGUCACAUCACAUUGCCUGCCCAUGCCGAAUUCGCUGCGCGUCACUGUAACAUCUCUUGGGAUGAGGAGUACCAGAAGGCCGAACGCUACUACCUGGCAGAGAAGGACAAUGAGAAGCUCAUCUGGAAGGUUGAAGGAUGA